GAGCGCGUCGCUGCCAACUAUGUGCCCAUCACGACCGGCGCCUACCUCCGGGACGACAAAGUGCAACUCAACGUCCUCACGGACCGCGCCCAGGGCUGCGCGAGCCUCAAAGAUGGUCAACUGGAUGUGAUGGUGCACCGCCGCCUGCUUGGCGAUGACCACCUCGGUGUCAGUGAGGCGCUCAACGAGACCGAGACGAUUCAACUGACCACCAACCAGCCGCACACGCAAGGCCUUACGGUCCGUGGUCACUUUUACGUGAGUGUGGGGUCGCACGAAGCAGCGAUCGAGCGCUUGCGCACGACGACGUAUACGCAGUUUGUUCCGCCGCUCGUGGCCCUUCGCGCCGGCUCGGGCGAGUUUGUCGAGUCGACGCCGCUUGGCGACCUGCAAUGGCCAGCUAACAUUGGUCUCACGGCGUUGCACUGGACGCACCCGCGCUGCCGCCUCGUGCGUCUAAGCCAUCUCUUUGCCAUCCACGAGCACUCGGAGUGGUCCAAGCCGGCGUCCGUGGAUCUGCUCCAGCUCGUGCCUGGCGAGAAGCAUGUCACGGUCAAGGAGCUCACGCUCACGGCCAACGCGGUCAAGGAGCUGUCGCCGACGACUGUGACGCUCCAACCCAUGCAAGUCAAGUCGUUUGAGCUCUGCGUGGAAGGCCAGUAUGCCCCGGUGUACGACGGUGCCCGCUCGUCGCUUGUCGACGGCCUCGACUUUUAGCAGCCAGCGCCAUGCGCAAGCACUUUCUUGUCGUGCUGCUGCCGUGGUAAUCAGACUGCAAGGCGUCUGUGGAUUAACACUUUAAGUCAAUCUGUGCG